AUGGUGGUAUCUACGAACUUAAAAUACAAUUGUCGACGAUUCGAAGGUAAAGUGGCAUUACUUACAGCUUCUACUGAAGGGUAAGUCAUCAAAAAGUAUUUCUACGUUUGCUAUUUUUUUCCUACAAUAUUUAAAAAUACACUAAGAAAGGUUAAUGGGAGCGUACAUGAUUUAUCACAGUAUGAUGCAGGUUUAUUACAAAGUAAUUUUUAGUAUUGGCCUAGCCACAGCUGAUAGACUAGCACAUGAAGGUGCCAAAGUCGUGAUUUCAUCGCGUAAUGAAGCCAACGUAAAACGAGCUAUCAAGGACCUUAUUGAUAGUGGUAUUCACCCUUCGAACAUAGCUGGUACCGUUUGUCAUGUGGGUAAGCCUGAACAUAGACAACAUCUUCUCGACUUCGCUAUUGAGAAGUUUGGAAAGGUGGAUGUUCUGUUCAAUAAUGCUGGCAUCAAUCCUGCGGUGGGUAAUAUUACUGAUGUCACCACUUCGCAGUUUGAUAAAAUAUAUGAUGUCAAUGUAAAGGCGACCUUCUUGAUGAGUAAGAUUGUCGCUGAACACAUGAAACGAAAUGGGUGAGAGUUAAGGUUUAGUACUGGUGCUAUAGUAUUUCUCAAUUGGUCAUUUUUAAUAGUUUACACUGAAAAAACGUUUUAAAUUACAAUUUUGGAAAAAUUUACAUAUUUUUUAUUGUUUUAGAAGUGGUGUGAUUAUUUUCAACGCUACUUUUGGAGCUUAUCAACCAUUGAAAGGUGUUAGAGCGUACGGAUUGUUGAAGACAGCGUUAGUGUCAAUAACACAAUCUUUGGCUCAUGAGCUCGGUCCUUAUGGGAUCAGAGUUAACACAGUUAGCCCUGGUCUGAUAGAGACGAGAAUGGGCAAUGUUGUAAGCUUAUAUUAUCUUAAUGUUGUAUUUGUAUUUUUAAGAAUAUUUAACUUGAACAGUAUUACUUAUUGUUGCUGUUAAUGUGACAGGAUGAAAUUAGUAAUAUUAGUCACAAUAAUAUCUUACUAUCCAACAGUGCUUAAAUUACAGAUGUUUGAUCCCAAAAACCCGAAAAACAAGUUGGUAAAGAUCGAUGAGCCAAUUUGGGCCAUGAAGAGAUUGGGGCAACCGGAAGAGAUGGCAGCGGUUGUAGCGUACUUGGCUUCAGAUGACGCCAGCUUUGUCACAGGAGAAUCUCAUCUAGCGACAGGAGGGGCCGAAUGUAGAUUGUAA